GCUUAUCAAUUUUUCAAUCAUCAUCAUCAUAUUGAUUGUGAUGAUAAUUAACCUUAAUCAUCCGAUCGAUAAUUCAGCAAAUCAUCCAUGAAAAAAUGGAUAUCGAAUAUUAUAUUGUUAAGAAUAUUGCAUGGAAUAAAUUACCGGCUGAAGUGCAAUCGCUUAUCGACAAUUCUGAUGAAUAUGCUAAAAAAAUUAAAGAAUAUUCUGUUGUUAAUCAAUUAAAAUAUAAAGAUAACCUAAUUCGACAGGUUGAAAAAAAUCAACGUGCUUAUCAUGAACAAUUACUACGUUAUAGUCGUGAACAUUAUAUGCUCUUUCCAUAUCAUCUUUCGGAAUAUAUUAUUAAUGGAAUGCGUAUAACACCAUUUCAAUAUUAUCAGGCCAUUCUAAUCCGGAUGAUUGAACAGGAAAAAAAUUAUGAUACAUUACCAAAUUUUACGGCUGCUGAUUGUUUUCGUUUGAUGGGUAUCGGUCGUAAUCAAUAUAUUGAUAUUAUUAAUCAAUAUAAAUCAUCGAAAAAAUUUCUAGGAAUGAUUAAAAAACCAAUCAAAGAACUGUUGCCAACAAAACCGGUGGAAAAUCUGAAUAUUGAUUUUUGGUGGACAAUUCGUCCUGGUUAUAUAUCGGAAGAUGAUAUUAAAUCAAUGGUUACGGUGGAAGAAAAAACCGUAAUAGAUAUUAUUGUUAAUGAUCUAUCGAAACCAUUUCCAGCUGGAAAUUUUCCAUAUGAAAUCAUUCUAAAUUUAUACAUCAAAGGUUUAAUUUAUUUUGAUAUUAUUAUCCAAGAUGAUGAUUUAAUUUAUAUACCACCAUUGGAAGGAUUUGUCAUGAAUCGUACAACGGGUGAUUAUUUUGAAAAAUUAUUAUAUAAAAUUUUUGUAUCGAUUGAUGAAAAAACAACAAUAUUUGAACUAUCGGAAGUUUUAAAAAUUGAUUUAAAUCUAGUGAAAAAUGCUAUAUCAAUGUAUUGUCGAUUAGGAUUUGCAUUUAAAAAAAAUAAUGAUAUUAAUGUUAAUAAUUGUCAUGACUCAUGGCUAAAACAUAUGACAACAUUGUCAUCAUCAUCUCAAAACAAUAACAAUCGACAAACAUUCAACUUGAAAGAAAAUUUUAUCAAUUCACUUAAAUUGACUGAUGAACCGCCAUCAUCAAGUUUAAAUGUUAUCGUUGAUCCAAUUGAAUCAUCAAAUGGUUGUUCGAAAAAACAAAAUUCCGAUAAUUCAUCAUCGGAACUAUCGCCAAAUUCCCCGAUACCAUCGAUUGGUACCCCAUCACCAUCGUUGGCUAAUGAUAAUUCGAAACGAAUUGGUCUUCUUUACGAUUCAACAUUAGCAGCAUUUCUUAUGAUGGGUAAUCUUACGCCUGGUUUGAAAUCACAUGCCGUGACAAUGUUUGAAGUAGGAAAAUUAUCCGAUGAAUCGAUUGAAAAUUUUGUUUUAGAAUUGGAAAAAAUUGAAGAUUAUUCCACCGAUGAUGAAGGCUGUGAAGCUGAACGUUAUUUUCUACAUGCAAUUCUUCUAUGUCGUACUAUUCAAUUUUUACGUCAUAAUUUUGAUCUUACAAAAGAUUUUAUUAUUAACGAUAAUAAUGAUUUAUUGCAACAUUCGACUAAAGGUUUAGGUUUGGAUCUUAUUCGUUGUGAAAGUUUAUUGAAUUUAGAUCAAGAUUCCUGCGAACGAUUAUUAAUGCGAAAUUAUGAAUUAUUAAUAUCGGUUGCACCAUUGAGUAAUGAAACACAGAUAUUUACAAGUGAUUUAAUACCAUAUUUUGGUGCAUCAUCAUUAGUCAAUUCGAUUUGGUUUAAAUUGUAUUUGUAUUCCAUAACCGGUUCGGGACCAAUUUCUUUCUUAAUAUCAAAAGGUGUUCGAUUAGCACGUUUGCCCGACAUUCUUUACAAUUAUGAUUGUAUAAUGUUAACACCGUGGGGACGUGAUUCAACAGUUGUUUCAAUAUCAAAUGCAUUGAUUGCCAUUAAUGAAACAACAAUAUUUAAUCCAGUAUUGAUACAAGCUUAUCCACAAAAUCAUUUUAAAUUAACUGAAAGUGAACUGUUGCAUAUUCCAUUACCAUUACUUGAUGAUCAAAGUAAAGAUGAAAAUCUUUAUCUUGAAUUUUUUCUCAAACAUUCAGCCAUAAAACGUAUGCGUCAACAUAUUAAUCUGAAUCGUAUUUGUGGUUAUUUAACAUUGAUUAAUUAUCAUAAACCCCUUUGUGAUAUUGAUCAAUUGAAUCUAAAUGAAUGGUGUAUAUUUGAUUGUCAUUUUGGUAUACCAUUAUUCGAUCGACAAUUGAAUAAAGAUGUUUGUAAUCGCAUCAGAUCGAAUCGAUUAUUUGAUAAACAAAAAUUAAAAGAUUUAAUUGAAUCGAAUAAAAAAUUAUUCCAUGAAAUUGAUGUAUUUAUUAGGAAAAAUAUAACUCCAUUAUCGUCAUCUUCAUCAUCGAAAAUAAAUUAUGACAAACAUCAACAACAAUAUCAAGUUCCACUUCCACCAAAUUGUAUAAUGUUCGAUGAAGAUGGGAAUUUAGAUCGUUUAUGUUUAAAUUGAAUGAUAAAACUUUCAAGUGAAUAAUAAUUUGAUCCAAAUGGGUCCGUAUACG